AUGUCUACCCAAAACGAUGUCGCCAAACACCUCCGUUCCCUCCAUCAACCCGGAAACCCCUUAAUCUUAACCAACGUCUAUGACGCUGCGACAGCCUCCAUAAUCGCCUCACUACCAACGGCGCCCGCUAUUGCAACAGGGUCGUAUGCGAUUGCUGCGACGAUCGGCGUUGACGAUAACGCCCUAACAAAGGCCCAACAUCUGACCGCGAUAGCCGCCAUCGCCGCCUCCGUCCGUGCUAUCAACCCUGCUAAGCCACUGACAGUGGAUGUGCAAGAUGGAUAUGGUGAUGUCUCUGAAUUGACAGAUACCAUUAAUCAAAUUAUUGCGCUAGGCGUUGUGGGUUGUAACAUCGAAGAUAUGGACGCGACUGGCAUGCUGCGGUCAGUAGACGAGGCUGCGGCCCGAGUUCGUGUCGUUGUUCAGGCGGCCAAGGCUGCCGGGGUUCCUGAUUUUGUGGUUAACGCUAGGACUGAUGUGUUGCUGACGGAGAAUGGGACUAUUGAGGAGGCUAUUGAGCGUGGGAGGGCAUUCUUGGAGGCUGGUGCGACUACGGUUUUUGUUUGGGGUGGGCCUAGUGGGAGGGGGGUUUCGACUGAGGAGGUGGCGAAGUUGGUUGAUGCCCUGGGAGGUAUGGUUAAUGUGAAGAUGAAUUUGAGAGAGGGUUUUCUGGGGGUGAAGGAGAUUCGGGCGUUGGGUGUUGCGAGGGUUAGUGUUGGGCCGGAGUUGUGGAGGACUGCUAUGAAGGCAUUUACUGAACAGGCUGAGCAAGUGUUGGCUAUGUGA